CUUUCUAGUGCCCCUGAGGAAGUUAAAAGAGUGUUUAGUCUGGAAAAUGCAAACCAGGUACAGUUGACUCCCGAUAACUCAAGCCCUUGCUAACUCGAACCUCACACUACAUGUAACUCGAACCAAAAUCGAUUUCCCCUAGAUUUCCGUCAUACUUUUAACUGUAAUUUUACCCUCAGUAACUCAAACCCUCAAUAACUUGAACCUCCCGCUAACUCAAAGUAAUUUUUGUUUCUCCUCAGAUCAUUUCUAUAUAAUUUUAGGCUCAAUAACUCGAAGUAUGUUUUGAGCCUUUAAAAAUUGGGGGGAAAAAACAGUGUACUGGCGUCCAAAACAUUGAAUUUCGAAUUUUCCAUUGAUUUGUUGUAGGCAUAUAGUUUACUCGUGGAGGCUGAGGUUGUUUGUCACAAAUCUAAAGUGAAACAACUUUACCGGUCUCAAAACAGUAAAACUCAUGUAGACUAUAAUAAUUAUUAUGAGUUGUUACAUUACGUUCUGAUUUAUAAUCUAGGAGUAUCUUUUAAUUUUCACUUGACAUUUCUACAAUUAAAUGUGAUUAAAAUGUUCACUGUGCAGUAAAAAGUGUUCUUUUCCUUACUCCCGGCCAUUUUCUUUGUGCUCCCGAUAACUCAAACUGUUUUUGAUUUCCCUUGAAGGUUCAAGUUAUCAGGAGUUGACUGUAAUAUUAAUUCUAACAUGAAAGUUAUUGUUUUUUCUUUACUGAAUCUGUGUUAACUAUCAUCUGAAAUAUUGUUUUUGAACUGUUAUUUCCUCAAUGUACUGAAAGUUAAGAAAAGGAAAUUGCUUUUAUUGCAAUGAAAUGUUAGCUGUUUUGUCAACUUAUACCUCCGAUCAGAAUCACAAAACAAUGUUUUUUUUUUCAACUGUGAGAGAAAUGAUCUGUCCAAUUAAAAGCCAUCUGUGAGUUUUGUGGCAAAAUUCCUUAUGGCAUUAAUUUACUUGUUUUUGUAUCAUAAAUCACACUGGUUUACUGCACCAACUUGUUCAAUUUCAGACACGUCAACAACUCAUGCAUAUGUACUGUAGGUGCAAACUUUCCAUAAAGUUUACAAUAUUUGUUCAUUUAUUUUCUUCAAAUAGUACAAUCUCCAGUAUUAAAGAUUUAACCCUGCUUUAACGAGUACUUUUCUUUCACUCCUUCAGUUUGAACAUCGGAAAGUUGCCAUUGAAAAAGUAAGAGAACAAUACACUGAUGAUGCAGAGAGGAAAAGUAAGUUCUUCUGAUCCUGUCUGGCUAAUGCACCAUUGUAGAGACUAGUUGCUUAUGUACCGUUGCGCAGAGCACGAGCCAGAAGUGCAAGGAGGAAAAAGAGAUGAAGAUUACUUUUUCUUCCAUCGCGUUACUCCUCCCCCCCCCCCCCCCCCCCCNAUCAAGAGCAACUGGGGACAAGGCAGCUUAACAAGUGGGUUCUUAUUAUAAAUUGUUAUUUUCUUCUUUUAUUACAAUUUUGAAUAAUUGCCUCUCCAUGCUACCUCUUUCUCGUCAGUUGCAGAAUUGUCGCUGAAAAUUGAAGCAGUGAAAAAGCAUAACAAUACAGGGAGGAAUUCAAAAAAGGUAACUUUGUAUCAGACCCUGUUGGAAGUUAGUGUUAAGUUGAAUAUGACAGGGGUGGGCUUGAUUUCCACCACUCUCUCAGGUCUGGUCUUGUUCCUCCCCGAGAAUAGAGCUUUUCGGGGGAGAAGCGCGGGCUCAUUUCCCGAGCAGCGGCUGGUAAUGGAGCCUAACAGAGGGGAAGCUAGGAUCUAAUUUUCUUGAAAAGGAAGCUGACUAAUUGCUUGUUAUUAGGAAUUAGACAGCUUCCUUGUGGAUGUGUUAAGAAGGAAUCCAUCAGGAAACUGAGUAAUUUUAAUUUUCAGUGGACAAAAACCUUGUACCAGAAUAAUUUAAACAAUAUCGCAUUCUUUUUUACAUUUUUCAAGAGUUACAAAUGUAAUAAGUUAUCUGUAAUAACACCAAAGAAAAUUUCUUAUGAUAGGCCGAGAAAAUAAAUGUCAAAUUUCAUAAAAAUUAAUGACACCUUACACAUGAAAUUUACAGAAUUUUACCGGCGUUUUCACAAUUCUACUGAAAUUUGACAUUUAUUUUCUCGGGUUCCCAUGAGAAAUAGUCUUUGAUGUUAUUACAGGUAACUGCUCCCAACGUCAGUGGCUUCAUAGCUCAGUUGGUAGAGCAUUGCACCGGUAUCGUGAGGUCACGGGUUCAAACCCCAUUGAGGUCCUGAAUUUUUUUCAGACUUCUUUACGCAAUUGCAGAAAUUGUGUUUACUGCGACGAUCAUUUAUUCAUUUUCAGUCCACAGUAUAUAAAUUAGUAUAUUUGUAGUCUAAGAGAACAGAUCAUAAGUAACAGUUACUGUCACCCCUGCAAAUAUCCACUGUUUCACUGUUCAUCAGCAGGAUGCCUAAAAUGCCUGCAACACUUCCCCUACAAUAAUAUUUAUUACAAUUACAAUUAUUGAUUAACUUUCCCCUUCAAUAAAUCUUAUACCGAUUGACGAUGGGAGGAGCCACGCAAAAUUUGAGCGCCAUUACUGUCAGGACAUGUUAAUAAGGAGCAAGGGUGUCGCAGUGGUGAGAGCACUCGCCUCCCACCAUUGUGGCCCGGGUUCAAACCCCUGCAUCACCGCCAUAUGUGGGUUGAGUUUGUUGUUAGUUCUCUCCAUACUCCGGUUUCAGUUCCCCUCUCCUCGGAAACCACUUUCAAAAUCAAAUUUGAUCUGGAACGCAGGACACGUUUAUAUAAGAGCUCUUAAGUGUUUCGUGAGUAAACGAGUUACAAUUUACAAUUUUUUUGCAAUGAAACCGAGGCUGUCUUGCGUACGUAACAUGUAGGCAUUGUGAGCGUUUUCGCGAUACCGUUCAACUGGAAGUUGUUGUUGUAACUGGGAUCUAUACAUUACAACCUUGCUGAUUACUAUAUUCUUUUAUCCUCGCUUCUUUUUCAGGAUAAACACAAUAAAGUAUUUCUUAACUGGUUAAUAAGUCAACGAAAAAAGAAACUAGGCCAUCUCAAGAACGGUCGAUUUGAGCGGUACCUGGUGUUAUCAAAAGAACUAGACCUUCCUUUUCUGGAGAGCCCGCAUACAAAAUGGAACAAAUACAAGUUCAGAAAGUUCAAAAUAGGCGUUGAAAUCAAAGAGAAAAAGAGAUUCCCUAAGUGA